UUCGACUAGAGGCUCAGUAGCUAGCUAGCUAGCACUGUGCUAAAUGUGAUUUAAUUCAACAGAAACGUGUUGUCAUAAACAUCGUUAAUUGCAGCCAGUAGGUCCUGCUAAGAAGAACAGGAAAUGUCUACCAGCUCAGGUGAGAUUUCAGCUGAGGGGACUCAGGAGGAUGCAUCAGCUGCAACAGCUGUGGAGGAGUCGCCUGAGGAUGACGAUGGACCGUAUGACGAUGGCAACUACUACUGUGAGAAGUGCCAGUGCUCCUUCUGGAGUCAGUGUGAGGUCCACGGCCCCCCGGUCUUUGCCCUGGACUUCCCCUGCCCGGUGGGGAGCCCCCAGCGCGCGCUCCUCACGCUGCCCGCUGGCCUGGUCGUCGGCAGGUCCCGGGUCAAGGAGGGCAGUCUGGGGAUUUUCAACCAGGGCCAGGCGGUGCCGGUCGGAAUGCAUUUCGGGCCGUACAGUGGUGAAGCGACGUCAGAGGAGGAAGCUUUGAAGAGCGUCUACUCUUGGGUGAUUGUCAAGGGAAAAAAACACUACGAGUUCAUUGAUGCUACAAGAGACACACACUCCAACUGGAUGAGGUAUGUGAUGUGUUCCCGUAGCAACCGCGAGCAGAACCUGGUUGCAUUCCAGCAGGGUGGCAGAGUGCUGUUCCGCUGCUGCGCCCCCAUCAGGUCGGGAGAGGAACUGCUGGUGUGGUACGCAGAGGAGUACGGCAGGGGCCUGGGGCUGACCUGGGACCAGCUGUGGCACCACAAACGCUCAUCCAUCGGCAUUAACACAGAUAACGGUUCAUCUCUGACGCUGCCAUGCCCCUACUGCCAGUUUUCCUUCCCCGCCAAAUCCUACCUGCAAACACACGUCAGGCGCUCCCAUGCCGAGCAGUACGAGAACUUUCUGGAAACCCAUCCUGUCGAGUUCGAGAUCGAAGAGGUGGACCCACGCAUGAACCUGGAUACCUGCCUACUGGGCUCAGAUGUACCGCCUUCUGCCCAGAUGGAGCCAACCACAGACACUGGCCAACAGGGAAGUGAAUCCCUGAUUGGACGAGUUCCCUGUCAGUCGGAGACAUCUGACCAAUCCCACCAAUCAAAUAGUCUGAGGUGCUGGAAACGGAUGAGUGACUCUGAUUGGUCUAAAGACACAUCAUCAGCAUCGAUGCCCAUCAAUGACAAGGGCCACAGUUGCCCUCGCUGCGGGCGAACGUUUGCAAGGGCAUACCACCUCAAGCGCCACAUGAACUCCGUCCACGAUCCAGACAAACUCUACUGGUACAGGAAGAGGAAGUCCUCCCAUCCCCGCAAGCACCGGCUGAACCCGGAAACAGAGACGGAGGAGGAGGAGGACGAGGAGGAGGAGGAAGAGGAGGAGACGGAGGAGAGAGCGAGUGAUGGGAACGAGGCGAAGGCACCCGUGGAGGUCUACCCCUGCGCCCGCUGCUUCAUCGCCUUCAUGAGCCUGCAGAGUCUGCAGGAGCACAUGGAGCUGCAGCACACGCAGGGUCAGAGGUCAAACGGCCGAGGUCAAGGGUCGGACGCCGCCGAGGAACCCGGCGACCCGUCGGACCCUCCGUACGAGCCCCCCCUGCGCAAGCACAACACGAGGAGAGGCGCUCUGCCACUGCCCGCCCAGAAGAGAGGCAGGGGGAGGCCGCGCACCAGAACCCUGGGACCGACCCGGCCCACCCAACUCAAGCCCAAGCGUCCGCAGAAGGUGCCGCAGCGGGCCGGCGACAGCGAGCCUCCGCCUGGAGCCCAGACGUUCAUCUGCAGCCAGUGCGGAGAGGCGUGUGCCGACGGCGCCACCGCUGCGUCUCACGGCUGCUGCAUUCAGACGCCAACGCCGUCGCUGCCACAGCUCGGCACGCAGGCCGAGACGCCGACGCCGACGCAAGCCGCGGACACAGAGCUGACGUGCGGCGAGUGCCAGGGCGUGUUUGCGGACGCGGCGUCGCUGCAGUCCCACGGCUGCACGCAGGUCGGCGACUACCCCUACAACUGCCCGCAGUGCUGCCUGCGCUUCAGCCAGAUGUCCAACCUGCGCCGCCACCAGCGCUGCGUCCACGCCAUGGUCAAGCCCUACUGCUGCGGCCCCUGCGGGAAGUUCUACACGCAGGCCAGCGGCCUCCGCCGCCACCAGGAGGGCCGCCAGCACAAGGGCCGACGGACGGCCUGUGCCAAAGCUACCGCUACUGCUAAUGCUAAAGCUAGUGCUAAUGCUAACACUAAUGCUAAUGCUAACACUAAUGCUAACGCUAUCACCGCCACCACCAUCUACUCCUGCCCCUACUGCCAGUUCUCCUUCACCGCACAGCGCUACCUGCACAAGCACGUGAAGCGGCACCACCCGGCCGAGUUCAUCCAGACGCUGGACGGCAGUGAGGGGGAGGGGGGCGCGGAGGUGGUUGGCGACGGAGCGGUGGGCGACGCGGAGGAGCUGGCGCGGAUCUCCCAGAGCUGCCCGCAGUGCGAGAAAACCUUCUUCACCGUCAAGGGCUUCAAGUCGCACCACUGCUUCCGCCGCGGCAAGCGCGUGUGCCCGUGCCACGUGUGCGGCAAGCGCUUCAGCAACGUCUACAGCCUGCGGCAGCACGAGCGCACCCACACGGGCGAGAAGCCGUACGCGUGCCCGCACUGCGCCAAGGGCUUCGCCGUCUACGGGCAGCUCAACGUGCACCUGCGCACGCACACCGGCGAGCGGCCCUACCUGUGCGCGCAGUGCGGCGAGGGCUUCCGCCAGUCGGGCGACCUCAAGCGGCACGAGCAGAAGCACCUGGGCGUGCGCCCGCACGCGUGCCCGCAGUGCCCCAAGAGCUUCAGCCGGCCGCAGAGCCUCCGCGCCCACCUGCAGAUCCACAGCGGCAUGCGGCUCUUCCACUGCACGCAGUGCAGCAAGGCCUUCACGCGCAAGUACCACCUCACCAGGCACCUGCACAAGAUGCACUCCUCCUGAGACGCGCUGCCAGGCCUUCAGGCACAGGGAUCGCCUCACGAAACACCUCCACCUGAGACGCACUGCUAGGCCUUCAUGCGUGCAGAACAUCUCACGAGACAGUGACACCCCCACGGGAUGCAUUCCUGCUGAGACACACAGAGACCGCCUCACGAAACACCUCCACCUGAGACGCACUGCGAGUCCUUCAGGCACAGGAAUCAUCUCACGAAACACCUCCACCUGAGACACAUUGCGAGUCCUUCAGGCACAGGGAUCAUCUCACGAGACACCUCCACCUGAGACGCACUGCGAGUCCUUCAGGCACAGGGAUCAUCUCACGAGACACCACCACUGGAUGCACUCUUCCUGAGACGCGCUUUACGCCCCGGGGCCUUCUCGUGAGACACCUCCACCAGGUGCAAACCUGAGACGCACUGUAAGUCCUUCGGCCACAGGGACCAUCUCACGAGACACCGCCACUGGAUGUAUUGCUGUUAAGACACAAAGCAAGUCCCUCACACGUGGAGAACAUCUCAUAGGACCGCCACAGGAUGCCACAGGAUGCCGUUCCGAGAGGAACGACAGGGUGGCAGCAGAAAUGAUCUGCCUCAGAUAAGACAGUGUCAGUGGCGGCGGGAGUGAAGGUGAUUAUUCAUGACUAAUUGACUUGUGGUGGCCUAAAAGUCGUCACCAUCUCACCAAACACCACCACGUGGUGCAGUCCUUGAGAACAAGGUCAUUUUAAAGUCACACAAAGACACAUUGACUCUGGAACGAGCCACACUUUGAACUUGGGAUUCAGUGGAGCCCAGCCUGAUGAGGACAGGGGUCAUCUGCCAUGUAACUGAUGGUUAUAUCAUCACAAAGCAGGGCAAUAUUAACAUGCAUAGAUAACUAUGUCAUUAUAGCAAUGGUGCCCCAGCACAAUGAUGCAAUCAGUAAUGCAAUAACUGAAUGAGCAGAUUGUUGAAUGGCGAUGUCCCUAGUUAUCAAAGUUUUAAGCAUUAAGCCUCUGAAGUUGCGAUUUGCGCCAUUUUUUGCUGAAAGUGUCUUAGCACUUUGUUUUGAAAGUGUUGGGAUUUGGUUUCCUGCUGUAUGGGUCUGGUGGAAAAAAAGAAGGCCCUGGCUGUGACAAUCAGUUUAUGACAGAGACUUUGAUCAUCCAUCCUAAACGUCUUAAAUCUAUGAACACACAUGGAUUCAUACAUGUCAUCACUGAACCGGACAUUAGUAAUAAGAUCAUGUCACUUGUUGACAGUUAUAGAUAAUAUAUCAAUGUGUAUCAGACUGAUUUAACAGUCAGAAAAUGUGUAUUACACAUAUACAGUGAGGAGAACAUGUAUUUGAUACCAUGCUAAAGUUGACUAAAAAGAGGAAUAUAAAAUCAUCAUUUGACAAUUGAUCUUAAUGUC